GAGUAGCUUAAGCCGUAGGAAAAUUCUGUAUGUGUGUGAUAUGUACGUUUGUAAGUGGUGGUAUAGUACUAUCGGUUCAGCUGUAUUAAUUUGUUUGGGUGUUGGAAGCGAUACGAGGACUGAAAGAAUAAAUACAUACAAGUGCUUAUUACUGAGAUUAUUUUGUGCUAUCUAGUGCACCAUGCCGAAAUUACCAUUUACAGCAGCACAUCUCUCUCAGCUAAAUGGCUUCGUAGAUUUGUGCAAAAACGAUCCCAAAAUACUUCUUAGCCCAGAACUUGCCUUUUUCAAAAAUUAUAUUGAAUCACUGGGAGGCAAAAUACCAGCAACUCUAUCUGAGACUGAUUUUGAAUCUCCGAAAGCAGACAUACUUGAGCCUGAGCCUGAGCCCGAGCCCAAGCCCAGAAAGGCGAAAGAGCCAGAGGCUCAACCAGAACCUGAAGUUGAAAGUGAAGAGAGUGACAUUGAACUCGACAAUUCGGGAAUCAUUGAACCAGAUUUCGAUGAACCACAGGCUAUGGGUGGUUCUGAUAAAGAGGUCACAGAGGAAGAUAUCGAAAAAUCAGAUGAGAAGAAGAGAGAAGCAAUUGAAGCCUUUGCUGCAGGGGAAUUCCAGAAGACAGUAGAUAUCUACACAGAAGCCAUUUUAUUGAAUCCAGGCUCUGCUUUGCUCUAUGCUAAACGGGGACAGUGCUUUUUAAAAUUAAAUAAACCAAAUGCUUGCAUUCGUGAUUGUUCGCGAGCACUUGAGAUCAACCCAGACAAUGCAGCUGCAUACAAGUUCCGUGGGCGAGCCCAUCGUCUGCUGGGUCAGUGGGAGGAAGCAGUACAAGACCUGAGAAAUGCUUGCAAAAUUGACUUUGAUGAGCAAGCUGAUGAAUGGCUGAGAGAAGUGACACCAAAUGCACGCAAACUUGAAGAGCAUCGCCGAAAGUAUGAGCGCAGGCGUGCAGAGAAGGAAAUGAAGGAGAAGCUGGACAGGGCUCGCAAAGCACGGGAGGAGCAUGAGAAGGCAGCCAAGAAUGCAGGACCACAAGCUGAUACAGAUAGUUCUGGGGGUCCAGGCAUGGGCGAUUUCUAUCAGUUCCUCAAUGACCCAGAGAUAAUGCAGGCUUUCCAGGAUCCAGAGUUGGCAGCAGCCUUCCAAGACAUCUCUGCAAAUCCAGCCAACAUUAUUAAAUAUCAGAAUAAUCCUAAAGUCAGUGCUAUUAUAACAAAACUGGCCAGCAAGUUUGGUGGUGGAAUGCCUGGAGGAUUUGGUGGAGGAUUUCCUGGGGGCUUCCCACCAGGUCGUGGUACCGGUAGUGCUCCGACAUCUACUAGUGGCAAUGAUGUGGGACUCGACUAAGCAGAUAUUUGGUUAUCUACGUGUUUCAGUGAGUUGGUGUUCAGGUCUUUUAUUAACAUAUUAUUAAUAGAUUUUUCUUCUUCAUUUAAAUACAAAAUGUUAAUUGUGUACUUUAUGUUAUGAAGGCCUUCUGACCAUACCAUUUUAAUUAAGACUGAUAAGGAAGUUCCAAGUUCAGAGAUUAAGUGGAAAGUUGCUGCUUAUAGAGCACCGAAGCCUUUUGUUUUGUUUGUUAUAUGUUUCCUGAGGAGAAUGGAUUUGUUCUUUAUUCUGCUUACACUCAUCAGUUAAUUAUGUACCUUAGUUUGUAGGAGCAGUCGCCGCAAGUAGGUAACUCCUAGUCACAGAAACAUGUUCUAAGGCACAGAUGCCAUAUGAUUGGUCUGAACACACAAUUAUAAGAAAUAGUUAUGCUGUGCCAUGUUUAUAAUUUGGGAUUGCCCUUAAUGAAUGUAGUGAAUAGGAAUUUAAAUAAAGCACCACCAUGUUUUCAAACAUUGGAGAAUGUUUUAUGUAAAAAAAAUAUAACAUUAAAAUAUACAUACCUACAUGUAAA